AAAGAGCAGAACAUCUCAUGAGAACAGGACAGCAGUGCAAAGAGCAGAACAUCUCAUGAGGACAGGACACCAGGGCUAAGAGCAAAACAAAAUAAGGACCUAAUACGUCUGUAAUCUGCAGAGCAUCUCAUGUGGCUAGGACAUCUGUUUAAUCUGCAGACCAUCACAUGUGGACAGACUUCUGUUUAAUCUGCAGAGCAUCUCACUAGUGUAGGCUGCAUAGCAUCAUCUUGUGGACAGGACAGCAGUGAAGCUGCAGAACAUCUCAUAAGGAGCUGCCACCUUUGUAGCUGCAGAUGAUUUCAUGAGCUCAGGACAUCUGUGCAGGAGAGGCAGCAGCUGGCUGUGUGACCCGGCGGUCUACACCCUCCAUCCAUCCUCACUCCCUCCUCCUCCUCCUCCUCCCUGGGUCCUGUCUCUGCUGCUGCUGCUGCUGGAGGAGGGAGGCAGCCCCAGCACCCGGCUGUCUAUGACCCGGACGCCCGAUGUUCACUGACCUUCGAGCUCGGAUCGGUGAGAGGGAGCCCGCAGGGAGAGGGGACUACAGCCCGGAGAGGGGCAGCAUGGACGCUGCAGCUCACUUCAGGUUUUGUCGGAACCUCCUGGAACACACAGUCUCUUCUGAAAACUUAAACCAUCGCUUUCGUCGGGAGAUUGGCAACAGCCUGACAUGGCACGAUGGCCGGGGAAACCGAUCAGCUGGAAGCAGGACCAUCAAACUGCUUAAACAGCCAGGCACAGAAGUGUCACAAGUCAGACCCAGCGAUCAAUACGGCAUAUAUCACACCAGUCCGUCCUUCAGCUGCCUCACUAAACCUGUUGUCCUCUGGACUCAGCAAGACGUGUGCAAGUGGCUGAAGAAACACUGUCCUCACAACUAUCUCACCUAUGUCGAGGCCUUCUCCCACCACGCCAUCACAGGUCGGGCUCUGCUAAGGCUUAACGCAGAGAAGUUGCAGCGCAUGGGGAUCAUCCAUGAGUCUCAGCGGCAAGAGGUUCUACAGCAGGUUUUACAGCUGCAAGUUCGUGAGGAAGUCCGCAAUCUGCAGCUACUUAGUCAAGCUUCCUUUGGAAACUUCUCCUAGGGCGACUUCAUCUGAAUGCCACCAGAAACAAACCAGCGGUAACAUAGGACACUGGGACAGACUGACAAACAACCGCACUCCUUUAUAUCCUGUAGUGGAUUCCUGCAUUGUGGAAAUAUCUUCAUAUAAAUCCCAGGAUCAUGUACAGUUUGAGCGGGGGGAGUCAACAUGGAUGCCUAUCUUUUAUCCUAAUAGUCCCCUUUUGCAGCAAAGUCCUCCAUCUGUGACAUAACCUUUUAUUGGGGAUUUCUUUAUAGAAAGGGUAUGAAUAGAAUUAAAGGGGUAUUCCAGGCAAAAACUUUUUUUGAUAUAUCAACUGGCUCCGGAAAGUUAAACAGAUUUGUAAAUUACUUCUAUUAAAAAAUCUUAAUCCUUCCAAUAGUUAUUAGCUUCUGAAGUUUUCUGUCUAACUGCUCAAUGAUGAUGUCACGUCCCGGGAGCUGUGCAUGAUGGGAAAAUAUCCCCAUAGGAGCUGGACAGCUCCCGGGACGUGAGUCAUCAGAAAAGCAGUUAGACAGAAAAUAGCAACUCAACUUCAGAAGCUAAUAACUAUUGGAAGGAUUAAGAUUUUUUUAAUAGAAGUAAUUUACAAAUCUGUUUAACUUUCCGGAGCCAGUUGAUAUAUAAAAAAAAGUUUUGGCCUGGAAUACCCCUUUAACUCCAAACACAAUUCAAGACACACAACUUUGUUCCACCCACUGACUACCAUAUUUUGUGAUCUAUCUUAGUAAGUGCCAAAUAGAGUUCUGCUUUGCUGUACACUCAACAUGCUCACUUGCAGGGGAUCUCCUCCUCCUGCUGAUGAUUGAUGAGUGAUACAUUAUGGUAUAAUGUCUGGUCUAAGUAAAUUAUAGUGAAUGCUUUGAGUAUGAGGAAAAAAACUAUUAAUUCCUACAAGCGUCCAGUGUUUGCAAAUUCUAAGGUGCAGCCAUUUGAGUGGGUCUGAGUGGGUAGUAUGUCACUGGGACCACCAAACUGGCAAAGGGAGUGAUAUAAGGUAGGCACUGCUUCCUGGGAAAAUGAUAUGCAAAUUAGCACUCCUUCAGAGGAAAGAAAGGUGGCUCUCUAUUGCCACCUAUUGGAGGACUCCAGUGCAAAACAGUCAGAAUGUGCAUAUAUUGUAUUAUAGUUGUACUAUAAUUAUACCAAGCCUAAUAUCUGAUGCUGCAGACAUCGUCAUUAAAGCGUUUAUUAAAAGAUGGGUAUCCUGGGAGUGGCAGCAAGUGGUAAAUAUCCUAUUGUAAUCCUGUAAUAAUUCUUAGCAAUAACAUAGAGCCCAAUCUACAGGAUAUAAUGUGGAACAGUAUAAUCUGCUGGUAGCAGCCAGGUCAGCUUUUGCUAUAUGGACAAGUAGUGGACAGUAGAGAGGAACUUUAUGUCACUGGUGUGACCUUAUAAUAUGUGCAUUUAAAGGGGUACUCCACCCCUAGA